AUGUCUCAAUACCAAUAUAGAGAAUUUCCGGAAGGAAGUCAACGACAAUUUUCUCACCAGGACUAUCGAGAUUGUCAAUACCAACAACCGCGAGAGUACCAACAACAACAACCUCGAGAGUACCAACAACAACCUCGAGAGUAUCAACAACAACCUCGAGAGUAUCAACAACAACCUCGAGAGUAUCAACAACAACCUCGAGAGUAUCAACAACAACCUCGAGAGUAUCAACAACGACCUCGAGAGUAUCAACAACAGCCCCGACAAGAAUAUCAACAAUAUCCUCAACCACAAUAUCAACCCAACCACCACCAUCAUCAACAAGACCCUCCUCCUCCUGCAUACACCGAGACACGAACAGAAGACGUCGACGAUGCCAUCUCAAAAGCCCUGGCAUGGGUGCCUCAACCGCCUCCACCGUCACAACGACACCACUACCCUGCCCUCCCUCGGCCCGUGUGCAUCCCGCAGAUCCAACCGGACAACUUCAUCACGGGACCUAUGCCAUUCUACCGUGCGUACUCGCCUUACCUGCAGCAUCACUCCGUGCAGGUGGGAGACUUUAUGCACUUUCUCGACAGCAUCACCAUUGCGCUCGCGCCAGCCCCGCCGUUCCAGGCGGCCCAACUCGUCAGCAACGGCGUCGGGAUGGUGCCGCAUCACUGGGCGCAGGCCACGAGCGCCGCCGUCGGGCUUGUCGCGGGGAUAGGCAGCGCGGCCGUCAGCGCAGGCCGGUCGGCUGCCUUCUUGAAGAAGGUCAACGCGACCUACUUUGAGCCGAGGGGACUGAAGGCGUCGAUCAAAAAGGACAAGGACCUGGCCGUCGUGCUGGGUGGCAGCGCCGGCAACCACCCGCUCUCCGACACGCGCACCACCACCACCGCUGCUGCCGUGUCGUCCGUGACCGCCGGCGCCGUCACGUUGUCGGAGCGCAGGUUGCUGGCGCUGCAGGGUCAGAUCGCCCCUCUGUCGUUCGACGUGCCGCCGCGCGCCCAGCAGCAGAACAUCAUGGACAAGUUGGCUGCCAAGGGCGUGGACAAGAAGAUCCUGAAGGCGAGGAAAAAGGGUCUCAAGCAGGCUCAGAAGCAAGGCGUGAAGCUGAGUCAAGCCGACAUCGCGUUGUUGGGAUCAGAUGCCUCCUCGGCCAGUUCCGACUCCGACUCCGACUCCGACUCGUCGGAACCAAACCCGUCCGGCGGGAAGCCCAGCAAGAGAGUAGCGAAAAGGGAAGAAAAGCGCGCCAGGAAGCUGGCGAGGAAGGAAAAGAGGGCUGCAGAGAAAAUGGCCAAGGAGAGCAGCAAGGACGCCAAACAGGCUUCCAAGUUGAAGUGGAUUGUCAUUGAGAAUCUAACUUAG